CACACAUAUUGUUAAAAUAAUAAACAAAAUUAAAAUAAACUUGUAAUAUCCAUAAAAGAAAUAAAUAAACAAAAACCAUGCUGACAGCUAAAAUUGGCAAAGUGGGUAAAGUGUUGAUAUGUGGCAUGAAAGGUGUCGGCAAAACUGCUUUGUUGGAACAGUUAAUAUAUGGAAAUGUUAAUAUAGAAACAGAAAUACAUCCCACCAUAGAGGAUAUUUAUGUGGCCAGUGUGGAUACGGGACGUGGUACUAGAGAAACUUUACGCAUUUAUGACUCAGCUGGCUUACAGGGUAAAGCCCAAUUGCCCCGUCAUUAUUUGUAUUUUCCCGAUGGUUAUGUCUUGGUCUAUGAUCCCACAGAUCCACAAAGUUUAGACAUGUUGGCGGAUAUCAAACAGGAUAUUGAUAAAAACAAGGAGAAAAAAGAAGUACCCAUUAUAGUUUUAGCUAAUAUGCGUGCCAGACGUAAAGAUACACCACCCUCGCCCACACAACAGCAGCUACAAGCAAAUCAAGCCGAUCCUGUGGAGUUAAUACUAAAUCGUGCCAAUUCUUGGUGUUCCCGUGAACGUAUUAAACAUUACACCGUCAAUGCCAUGGAAAGGCCCUCUCUAUAUGAACCUUUUAUAAAUCUUUGCUCCAGACUGCAUCCACCACAAACGAAGUCUUCAUUUCCUCAGCUAAGACAAGUAAUGCAAAAAACCCAAAAAACGGAGGGUUAGAAAGAGAAUGGGUCGUGUCAUUUUGCCAAAAACUGGCUAAAUUAAAUGAAGUGCAUUACAUUAAAUUGACCAUGUAUUUUCUAGUUUAUUAGAAAAUAUUGACUUAACAAGAAAUUUUAAUUAAUAAUUUUGAAAGUAUUAUCUUAUUUUUUAUAUUUGUAUAUUUAUAAAAUACUCUUCCUUAUAUCUCAAGAUCAAAUUAAAAACCUAUAACAUACAAAAUAUGUAAUUUGUAUUAAUAUAUUUUAACUCAUCAAUAAUUUAAUUAAUUUAUUUUUAUUUUGAAUUUUUCCUUUUAUUUCAUUUUACUUUUGAAUGUUUAUUUUAACGAUAGAAAUGUCAAAAACACAAAGACAAUAAAUAGCAAACAGUUGCCAGAUUGUUUGUAUUUUUUGAUUAUCCCCAAUAAAUGACGAUAAUUUAGGUUUAUUUAUAACAAUAUUUAAAACAUUUUAACACAUUAUUUUUAAGUUGUAUUAUUACUUACAUAAAUACAAUUGUAUUUUAUUAUAAAUGAGGUAAUAAUAAAGGGAUUUUGGAAUGAAAUUAAUAGA